AUGCUCAAAAACGGUGGUCUUAGCCUCUUAACAGUCUUCGCUGUUGUCCGACCAGAGAAGUACCACGGCCUCACAGCACAGGGCCGCGAGUCUGCCGUUUGCCGCGCUGUGUUUGGGCGUAGCGGUCGGCAGAUCGACCUGCCGAUGCUCCAGGGCUUUGGAUCCGGUGUGCGGCUCCGACGGUACCGAAACAUGUGCUUCGUGGAGUGCGCGCGCUUGCACCACCAGGACUUAACACUGACCAGCGAGGGCCCUUGCGAGCCCAUCCCGACCGUAUUCGCUACCACCAAACUCCCCAGCGAAGAGUUUUCCCGGCCCGGGUUCAGCACCAUCCGCGACCCCGAUAGCUCGGGGACUUGCACCUGUCCCAGAAAUGCCAACCCUGUCUGCGGAAACGACGGCUUAACCUACUAUAACCCGUGCAUGCUC